GUAUUUUUUUGUGUCUUGUGUGUUGUUAAAAAUGGUACGCGGCUCCUUUAAGAACGGCUUUCCGCUUCCGGUUGCGUUUCUUCAGUUUGCGCCUGCAGAGUGCAGUGUUCUUUAUUUGAGACACGCCGUCAUGUCUAAACCACAGGAGAGCACAUGUGAAGAGAAGACGAGUGCAUGUUUCACCUGCACGGAGUGCGGGAAGAGUCUGUCAUGCAAGAAGACGUUCAAGUAUCACAUGAUGAUUCACACCGGAGAGAGUCCGUACACGUGCACUGAGUGCGGGAUGGGUUUCAAACAAUUACACAGCCUUAAUCGACACAUGAUGAUCCACACUGGAGAGAAACCGUACAUGUGCACUCAGUGUGGGACGAGCUUCAGACAAUUAUACUACCUUAAUCGGCACAUGAUGGUCCACACUGGAGAGAGACCGUACAAAUGUGAUGAAUGCAGCAAAACAUUCCUGAGCGCUGCACAUCUGAAGGACCAUCAUAGAGUUCAUACAAAGGAGAAGCCUUAUUCUUGUUCUGAGUGUGGGAAGACAUUCACACGACAGACACAUUUAAGACGACACGAGAAGAUCCACAGCGGAGUGAAAAAGUAUAAGUGCUUUGAGUGUGAUAAGGCCUUUAUAACGGGGGAAGACUUGAAACGACACCUGAUGAUUCACACUGGAGAGAAACCGUACAGCUGCCCUCAGUGUGGGAGGAGUUUCAGAGGCGCACCACACCUUAAAAAGCACAUGAAGAUCCACAGUAAAGAGAAACGGACCAAAUGACACAGUUAGCAAAACAUUUAUGUUUGUGGGGCGUGUCUGGACAUCAGAAACCCUGGAAUAAGAGACGACUGGAUGAGGGAGAUCUGUAUUUGUGUUUUCCUUGCUUGAUUUCAUCACUGAAGACAUGUUACACUGCAUUUAUAUAAACCAGCUGAAGAUGAACUAAAUCAGGGGUGGCCAACCCGGUUCCUGGAGAGCCACCUUCCUGCAGAUUUAAGCUGCAACCCACAUCAAACACACCUGCCUGUAAUUAUCACGUGUGUUCAGGUCCUAAUUAAUUGGUUCAGGUGUGUUUGAUAUGGGUUGCAACUGAAAUCUGCAGGAAGGUGGCUCUCCAGGAACCGGGUUGGCCACCCCUGAACUAAAUGUGUUCAGUUGCACACCAUGUGUGCAGCUUUAUAUCAUUAAAAGUCCCUUGAAGUGUU